AUGGAGACCGAACUGGGAAUUCUGGGGCAAGGAGCCACCUUACAGUCGGCCGCAGACCCGACUUGGGGGGUCGAAGGACUAUUCUGGAUGCUAAGGGGGGCUGCCACCGACUAUGAAGCACUGCAGGGGACCUCGUCACAGGCGGGCCUGAUCCCCCAGUCCAGUGUCCACAUUGGUGAAGUUUCCAAAGAAGAACAGAAGAAACAGGCGAGUGGAUUUCAAACCGUCUCUCACACUCACCAUGAUGAAGGAGCAAGUGGGCCCUCUUCUGGAUCGUCUACACCUCCCACUGGUGGUGACAAGCUGGGCGGAUCAUUAUGGUUGGACCCGGAUGCGUGGUUAGAAGGAAUCCCAUCGAUAAUCCCCAAGGAGGUUGAUAAACCUAAUGACCAGGUGAAACUUUACAUUCCUGACCACAGUGCUGACGAUUUAUAUUAUGAAGAACCAUCAACUUCAGCUGGAAGGAUGCGACUGCCACACCAAGCUCAUCCGCUGGAUAAUGAGAGCCACCCAUACGCGCGAAUUCCUAGGCUGGCGAGAAAUGUGGUUGUUAGGCCUGUUUGGGAAACAAAUGGAUGUUCCCAGCUGGUGGGACAAAUUCAUAGAACCCUUUCGCAAAAGGCGUACUAUGCUCUUGCCACCGCAAACAAGGAAACACUUUGCGUAUAA